AAGCGACAGGUAGCCCGCAUUAUUCUCUGUCGCAAGAAGGGUUCCAGAUAUCUGGAAUGGAUUUGUUUAAUUUGAGGUCGCUUGUCAUUUUGCUGUCAGCUGUUGGUUGCUGCAAGGGGCAGAGCGCACUGCCACCGGGCCCCUUGGAGGGAGUACAGGGAAAGAACAUCACGUUCGAAACCAUUAUCAUCCCCACAGAUGUGGGCGACUUUAUCACAGUAUCUUGGAAUUUCAACGGACUUGUACCUGUUGUCACUUAUGCGCCCAAAGGAGAAACAUUUGGCGUUGGUUACGCAGGAAGAGUCUCACUGAAUUCAUCCACUGGCGUAUUGAAGCUGGGACCAUUGACUGCAAAAGAUAGCGGGGACUAUGCAGUGACUUUGGUCACUAGUGCUGCAGUACAGCGCACAGGUACAACGUCGCUCAGAGUUCUAGAACCGGUCUCCGUCGUGACCAUCACGUCCAACCUGAACGAAGCGGUCGAGUUCAACAGCACUGUGGUCUUGACCUGUUCGGCCAAAGGCUCCUUCCUCAUGUACAAGUGGCUCAACGGCACCGCCCCGCUGGUCGCCGACGGGAAGCAUGUGACCUUGAGUGCAAACUCCACAGUGCUGACCGUGGCUGGAGUGUUCAGGAAGGAUCUGGUCGGACCCAUCUACUGCACGGCCUUCAACAAACUAGAGAGCGACAACAGUGCCCCCUUCAACCUCACUGUCACCUAUGGGCCAGAAAACAUCGCCAUGACAGUCACCCCCACCGCUGAGGUCCAAAAGCAGGGUUCCAACAUUACAUUGACCUGCUCAGCCCAGUCUAGCCCUGCGGCUGUGCUUCAGUGGAUCCACAAUGGAGUCCCGCUCAAUGUGAUUGGCCCCAAGCUGGUACUGGCCAACGUUGUCGAGGCACAGAGUGGAAACUACUCCUGCAUGGCCAGCAACGCCAAAACCUUGCGAUACCUGGAAUCCACCACAUCCAAGUUCACUGUAGUAGAGGCCAUAUCCGGCACUAAGAUCACAGGCCCCAAUGGAACGCUUGUCGCAGGUAACAGCACGGCCAACCUGAGCUGCCAGGCAACCGCCGGCACUGCCGACACCCGAGUGUGGCUGAAGAAUGGUGUGGCACUGUCUCCUAGCAACAGGGUCAUGGUCUCGGCAGACAAGAGCUCGGUCACGAUAAAGCCAGUGCAGAAGGAAGACAGUGGGGAGUACCAAUGCAAGCUGACGAAUGCUGUGAACACAGACUCUGCCAGCCUCAAGAUAGUGGUCAACUUUGGUCCUGAGACUGUGUCUGUGAAGGGGGAAAGUGUCGUAAAGGUGAAAGAACCUGUCACGCUGAAGUGUGCCGCAGUCUCUCUCCCUGCUGCCACCUACAUCUGGAAAUUCAAUGGGACGCUGACCGGUGUGACGACAGCCGAGUACAUAAUUGAAGCCGCUGUGUACAAGGACAAUGGAAUUUACACCUGUGAAGCCAGCAACACCGUCACCGGGCUGAGCACUGCCGUUGCCCACAAGCUGUUCGUCAAAGAGGAGGGAACACCGGAUGAUGGUCUGACAGGUGGGCAGAUCGCUGGGAUCGUCAUCGGCGUGCUUAUCGCCCUAGUGCUCAUCAUCGUAGUAGUCAGAUACAUGAGAAAGAAAAAAACACCGAUCGAGUCACCAUACUAGAAGAGUGCCCCGAGGAAAGCUGGAGCCAUCAGCCCAAAUAAUCAGCCAAUUAUUCCCCUCAAGACCCAUUUACAUUUGAGUCAUUUAGCAGACGCUCUUAUCCAGAGCGACUUGCCGUUAGUGAGUGCAUACAUUUUCAUAC